UUUAAGGUUUUUUAGAAAGAGGGGGACGAAAGGAUUGUUUUAGCAGUUAGUUAAGAAACAAUUCGUUAGCAUCGUGUAGUGAAAAAGUCAGCAGAAAAAAUAACUGAACCAUGUGGAAAGCGUGGAAAGUGAAUGGCUUCAUCUUCUUAGUGAUUGUAAAUGCAUUCUUUUGGAUUGGCGAAAUCAAGUUGGAAUUGCUCCAGGAAAUAGACGUUAAGAUUACCAACAGAAUCAUCAGAAAAGUUAGCAAUUUUAUCGACAGACUUGGGCAAAAUAAAACGGAAGCGAAGCUGUACGAUUGUCCAAAGGAACCAAUCGUUUUUUCCGAGUUUGCCUUUGGGCAGACAGGCAACCGCAUUUGGGAGUACGCCGGAGGGUGGGCUCUAGCCAAACUAUUAAAACGAAAGGCGUAUGUUGUGCCGUCCGCUCUCGUUCACCUGUCGCGUCUUUUCCCCAAUCUUUCGAGCGAAUCCUUUGAGCGAAUCGAGCACUGCAACCUCACCUUCAUGACAGUCAAAGAGGACGCUGAACCCCUCGAGACUCUGGAGGAGCGAGCGAAAGGCCAACACCUGAUGUAUUCAAGGUUCCACAUGCUGCCAGCGGCAAUUCUUCGCUUCAUGGACGAGGCUCGCGUCGAGUUCAAGUUCAACGACAAAAUUAUGGCUCAAGUCAACCAAACGUUGAAGGAUGUUGGGGCAGAAGGACACGUUGUGGUCGCGGUUCACGUCAGGAGGUCAGACUAUCCCAGGCUGCUGAAGGGUCGCUAUCAUCUCAGUGAAGCAAAUGCAAGCUACUAUCUGGACGCGAUGGACUGGUUCAGGAAGAACAUUAAGGGCAACCUUCUAUUUCUGAUUGUAUGCGACGAUUAUCAGUGGGUGCGGGAAAAUCUGAUCAGCUCAGAGGAUGUCGUGAUUGUGAUGCAAGACAAUUACCACGACCUGGCCAUGCUGUGCCACGCAGACCACAACAUAAUCGACUAUGGAACGUUUGGCACUUGGGGCGGAUUGAUGACAAAAGGCCACACAAUAUCCCUACUGAGACUAGACAUUGACAGGCAGAUGGCCAAGUACAAAAACUGGCACGUUUUUGAUGAUAGAAAGUAUUUGACCAGGUACCAAUGA